AUGAGCUUCUUUUCGUCGCUUCAUCAAAUAGUCACCAGUAGUGUGGCAAACUUGAACUUGAGUCCAAAGCGAUUUUCGCUAUCCAAGGAAUCGGGACCAGAUGGAGACGAUGCGCCUGCAGCUGUGGUGGCUGCAUCUACAGCCACGUCCAGUCGUUCAGCAAGUACGGGCAGCGUUAGUGGUAUACCUCGAAUCGUGACACCUCAAGGCAAUGGUGGCAGUUGUGUCAGGUCAUCGGGACCCAGGCGGACCGGGUCGUUCAGACAAAUAUCUCAGCCCAGGAAUCCGAUGGCUUUCUGCAGGCGCAGAAACUCGUGGCCAGAAAUCGACCAAACCGCAUCAUCGGGUGUACAUGACACCGAUGGUUCGUUUUUCGAGAAAUAUAGCAGCUUACAAUGGAAAUUGGAUCAGAGACGAUUGCAAAUGAUCAAAGACAGUCGGCAAGAUGAGUGUCCUCCACCCGAACACAGCGUCGGAGUGAUACCACCACCCGUUUCUAGUAUUCAACCAAAAGAGAUGGAAAACUUAUACAUGGAUGUUUUGUAUACAAUAAAGUACAAAGUUGGCGCUGAUACAGAACUGAGUGCACAUCGAGAUCAACUAUACGUUUACGCACAAAAAGCAUUCGAUGUCACACCCGAGCAGCACAGACGUUAUAUGGCCAUCGUGCACGAGGAAAAACCUCCCAUAGUGGUGCUUCAUGUGACGGUGGUCGAAGCUGAAGGCCUGGAGGCGAAAGACGCUAAUGGUUAUAGCGAUCCGUAUUGUCUACUGGGACUGAUGAGGAGAACAGACGAAACCGCCGCCCGGCUGGCCGAGGGUUCGGCUGAAGAAUGUUCCACCGUACUAUCGCCGGUCGCUCUCAUGGCUGGCAUUAUCGGUGACGUACGAUUUUUCAACGUGUCGCACACCACCGUCCGCCACCGCUCUGUGUAG